UGCAUAACUUAUAUUAUUUGUGCUUCAGUUGGAGCCUGGAGUGCUACAAGAUUUUUUUCAAUGAUUUUCCACUGUAAAUUUUCAGUAGUCUCUUCAUACUUGUGCCACCAGCAGAGGGUCUCUCUUCUUACUCUUGUUCACAUGACAGCAGUUGACUGCUGUUAUUAUCAGGUGCUAGGCUCAUGGUGAGAUAGGAAGUACUGUCUGUUGUCCUGUCUAGCCACAGCCUUAGCGGGGCUUUAUGAACAUGGACCUUUAGGGUGAGGCUUUCUCAUCAUUCUUUCCUCUCCCCAUGGCAGCUAACCUCUGAUUUGUAUAUGUGGUUGAUCUUUGGUCAGAUAUAUUUUCUUGCCUCUUUCUCAGGCUGCUUUUCAUUCAUUUAAGAACUGGGUUAGAGAGGGUUUCCUCCAGGGCAGAGGUUUUUCCCUUCUACUUCUCCCCAAGCAGCAAUGGAUCUCUGCCUUUGUCCUGGAAAUUAGGGGGUUUCCUAUCUCUCCCUCCCAGGCAAGUAAGUUUUGCUUCUACCCUUCCACCAGAAGCAAGGGAUUUUUGCCUGGGUUCAGGAGAGGGUUUGCUGCUUCUCCUCUAGUGUCUUAAGGCUUUGCUUCUCAUGACAGAAAGGUUCUGUGGGGUUGUAUGUCUGUCCCCCAGCAACAGCUGAUUACCUUCUGCUUACCAGAACCAGUGACGUGGACUCUUUUAGGUCUCCUGCUUUGUCCUGAGUCAUUUUUCUGAGCUUCUGGUUAAAGACUGUGAAAAAGAACUUGGCAGUAAGUGUGUAAGUGUUGGGGUUCCAGAUAUUCCAAACUGACAAAGCUAACCCAUGCUUUAUUUGUAAAAGUUCAUUAAAAUUUCAGCUUGUAUGACCGUCACUUCUGUCUCCAUGCUUGGACAGAGGUUCAUAUGUUUUGUCUUUCUUUAAAGGGGCUGAUUACCCUUUGGAAUUCACUUUAACUCAGUUCCCUGAUAGGCUCAAGGAAAGUUAUGAUUUCAUAGGUUAUCUAGAGAUUUAUCAUUAUUAAGUUAUGAAUGACAUUCUCUUACAGCUUUUUAUAUCCUAAGUGGAAGUGCAACUGGUGCUUUUGAAAAAAUAUAUGUAUGGGUCUUAUUUGGGGAAUUUCUGUUAUUAAAUAUGCUUUAGGAAGAAGCAGAUGCUUUCUAAGGCAUACUUGCAAAGACUUGCUUUUUAUAUAAUGGUCAUUACUACAUUUUUUCAUUUAAAUUUUUAUUAUUUGUAUUGCUAUACAGUAAAAUCAUACUUUAAAGUAUAAUACACUAUACUUGACCAUUUUUUGUAUAGAGUUCUCUGGAUUUUAACAUAUAUAAAGAUUCAUAUAACCACCACCACAGUCAGAAAAGUUUCAUCACCCUCACAACUUCCUUGGCUUGUCCUUUUAUAGCCACACCCUUCCCCACCUGUAACACCUGGCAACACUGAUCUUUUCACCACAGCUAUACGUCUUUUUGAAAAUGUCAUAUAAAUGAAAUCAUAAGGUAUUGUAAACACACCCUAGGUGACCCACCCCUUAUAUAAUCUCCAUGGUAAGAAAACACUUUUGGCUUCUAUCGUCAUUGUCAUUAUUAAUAAUAAUACUAAUGUUAUACAGCGUGAGUUGGUUAUGGCCCUCUCUUCCAGGAAAUAACCAUCUAAUUAUUAAAUAAGAUCAUAUGUCAAGUGCUUGAGAACAUUGCCUGGCAUAUAGAAAACUUGUAUAGGUAUUAGAUAUUAUUAUAUCUGUAAUGUUAUCUAUCUUUAUCAUAAAAAUAUUAAUAGUGCAGUAUUAGCAUUUGCUAUUAUUGGUUAUCAUUUUUCUCCACCUCCUUCUACAAAUUGGUGAAAUAGAAAAUAUUGCUCAUGGAAUUAAUCUUUUCCUUUGCAUUUCAUUUUGAAAAUGGUGCCAUAGUAUAGCAUUUCCUGCUUUAUGUGCAAUCUAGAAAAUAUCCAAAAUAAAGCAAAACAAAUUUUAACAUAAUUAUCAUACUCUGUGGGCAUUUGUUUUUUUCCAAACAUGUGAAAUGAAGGCAGAAUGAAAAAUACUGCAUUAUAAAAUAUAUAAUAAAAUAAAUCUCAUCAUUUAAAUAAAGCCAUAUAUAUAUUGGCCUGAUAAUCCUCUUUAGAUCAUGUAUUAAUACCUUGAAAGCAUUGAAAGGAUUAAUUGUAUGAUAAGAAUUAUGUUAUUUUCAUUGUAAUUUUUUUUUUUUUUGAGACAGAGUCUUGCUUUGUCACCCAGGCUGUAGUGCAGUGGUGCUAUCUUGGCUCACUGCAAGCUCUGCCUCCUGGGUUCACGCCAUUCUCCUGCCUCAGCCUCCCGAGUAGCUGGGACUACAGGCGCCCACCACCAAGCCCGGCUAUUUUUUUUUUUUUGUAUUUUUAGUAGAGACGGGGUUUUACCAUGUUAGCCAGAAUGGUCUUGAUCUCCUGACCUUGUGAUCCACCUGUCUCAGCCUCCCAAAGUGCUGGGAUUACAGGCGUGAGCCACCGAGCCUGGCCUUUUCAUUGUAAUUUGUAUAAGAUCAACUAUUUUGUUCUAGUACUAGAAAAAAAGACUGGAAAACAGAGAGGCUUUGGUAAGAUAGAAGUUCUUACUUCUUAAGAAUGUUCCACUAACUUAAAGAGAUUGGAAUGAGGUGAUCCCAUUAUUGAGUGGCUUAGGGUCACACGUCCCUAGUGAGUUGCAUCCUUUUCCGAAGUGACUUUAUGGUCCAGAAAGGCUGCCUGAACUGUCUCUAUCAUGAUCAAAUUCUGGGAAGCAAGAGAAAGUGGGAAAGUGGAAAAAAAAAAAAAGCCCAAGCUGGUUAUUUAUCCCCCUUUAGAGAUGCCUUCUCUAGAAUCUUCACAGCAAUUUCUGCUUGCGUUCUUUGGCAAGAAAUUCCAUCACAUGACCAUGGCUUGCAGUGAGGGAGUCUGGGAAAGACAAUAUUUUAGGAGAUUAAACUGCCACCUUCAAUACAACUGGUGUUCUGCUAAUGAGGAAGAAUGCAAAGAGUGGAUCUUCGGUGAGCAACUAGAAGUUUCUGUCUCAUUCAUUACAAAUAUGAUAUACGAUUGUAAAAAAAAAACAAAAAAACAAAAAAAGAUUGUAAGGGAAAAUUUCCUGUGACAGAGAGAACGCUACAUGUUUGUCAACCUCUGUCUCAUUUUUCUCCUGGGGUCACAAGGAGAUUACAUUACCCAGCCUCUAUGCCAGUUGGGGCUCCAUGCCUAAAUUCUGGUUAGUGGACUGUUAACUAGCAGUGAUGUUUGCCAGACCUGACCACUAAAACCUUCCAUAUGGCCCUCCAUCCUCCCUCUUGUUUAGGCUGUUAGCUAGAUGCAAAGAAUGUAAUGAAGGUCUUUAAGACCCAAGUAGAUGAUAGAGCCACAGGAUGGAAGAAGAUUGGGUCUCUUAAUGACUGCUUAGAACAGAGAAACUUGUCCCUAUUUGGCCACGUGAUGCCUUACGUUGAACCUUGACAUCAGCAAAAUAAACUUUUGGGGGAUUGAACCCCUGAGAUUUAGGGGUUGUUUAUAGCACAAAGCAUUAUAUACUCUAAUUAUUAGAGUCCCCAGUAAUACACCAGCCUAGAGAUGGCUUUCAUUGAUUUAUUGGUAUUUUUAUUUUAAUAUUAAUGCUUAUAUAAAGGUGAAUGUUAAAAUUGUAAUUAUAUAUAUAUAAGUAAUACUACAUAUUAUAUGAUACAGAGGCCAAAUAAAAUACUUUAUUCCCCAAAUCAUUACUAGUGAUAAUUACAAUUGACUUUCUGAGUUAAAUCAGAAAUCUAUACUUAAAUUUAACAUAGAAUUUUGAUGAACAGAAUGUACAAAGUAUAUUUCAGACCUGUAAAUAAAGACAUAAAUUUUAAAAAAUUAAUUCCCCUCACAUUGAAUCACCCAAGUGAAAACAACAAAACAUAAGAAACAGAAUUGUCGGCCGGGCACGGUGGCUCACACCUGUAAUCCCAGCACUUUGGAAGGCCAAGGCAGGCGGAUCAUGAGGUCAGGAGAUCGAGACCAUCCCGGCUAACACGGUGAAACCCCGUCUCUACUAAAAAUACAAAAAAUUAGCCGGGCGUGGUGGCGGGCACCUGUAUUCCCAGCUACUUGGGAGGCUGAGGCAGGAGAAUGGCGUGAACCCGGGAGGUGGAGCUUGCAGUGAGCCGAGAUUGCGCCACUGCACUCCAGCCUGGGCGACAGAGCGAGACUCCAUCUCAAAAAAAAAUAAAAUAAAAUAAAAUAAAAAAUAAAAAGAAAAAGAAACAGAAUUGUCAAUUAUUGAUGACGGCAUAUGAAAUGAGUGCUUUCCUGGUAAGCCAAUGAUUUUAACAUCUAGCAAGAAAUAAUCACAUAUGUGAAGAAAUCUCUGAAACUUUCCUGAAGGGUUUUAGAGAAGAACUGAAUAAAAGUAGAGACAUACCAUGUCCUGGAAACAGAAAGAAAAAAAAAAGAAUUAUAAAGAAAUAAAGUCUCCCUCAAAUAAUGUACAGUUUUUGUGUAAUCUAAAUCAAUAUCUUUAGCGGUCUAUUUUAAUGGACUUGACCAGCUGGGUCUAAAAUUCACCUAUGGGGUUAAGAUGCCAGAGAUGGCAAGAAAAAAAUAUGUAAGGAAUAUUAGUAACUGGGUUUUGAUUAUAUGAUAAAGUGAUUUGCUACCUCUUUUCUUCAAGAAAUGGCACACCCUAAGGGUUUGAAUAGAAAUUAAGCACACUUGUUGACAUUUCACUUAAAAGUUUUUUAAAAAUGAACAUUCCUGCAGUUCAACACUUCAGCGGUUUCUCUUGGCAAUUCCCCCUCCCCUGAUUCAGGGAGGGGCUUUCUGUUCUUCAUACAGCCAGGGGGCGGACCCUCCUCUGAGCCUCUAGGAAAGGAGCUGUGCCUGGCCAGUCUUGGGGGAGGAGCUGCAUUUCACCAGGUUGCAGCUGACAAGAAGCUUCAAGCAUAGGUUAAUAUCAGAGAUGCACAUGACCUGGGCAAUCUGCAUGUGAUGCCAGCCAAGCCCUGGAAAGACCGUGCAACCACAGAAGUGCUGAGCUGGGUAAAGGCCCUGCUGGACAAGCAGCUGGAGUGAGAAUCAAGACAGCCAGACCACAGAACCAGACCCACCAGGAUCCACAUGACAGUGGUAUCUUCCGGUAUCGUCCUAUUCAAACAACGUGUUCAAGCAUCCUUGGAAAAUUGAGGUGGAGAACAGGCCACACAAGCUGUAAACCCUUUGUAGUCAUAAGACGAAAGAGGCUUUGUUAAGAGUAUUGUUUUGGGUAGAACUUGCAUUAGCAGUGACAAAGACAGCCACCUCAACCUUUAGCAAUAACCCUUGACACACAAAUAUAAACCAUAAUGGAGUCUGAGUAUGUCCUAUGCAACUGGAAAGACCAGUUAUGGCCAGCAAAAGUUUUGUCCAGAUCUGAAACUUCAUCAAACAGUAAGAGGAAAAAGGCAUUUUCUCUAGAAGUUCAAAUACUCUCACUAGAUGAAAAAAUUAAAUUGGACAGCACAGAAACAAAGAUCCUAAAUAAAUCUCAAAUUGAAGCCAUUGCUGCCUCAUUAGGACUACAGUCAGAGGACAGUGCUCCACCUACAGAGGAAACUGCCUAUGGAAGAUCACUAAAAGUGGCACUGGGUAUUCUGAAUGAGAGAAUAAAUUUGAGUCAAGCAAGCACUUCAGAUGAAGAGGAGAUCACUAUGCUGUCUCAAAAUGUACCACAAAAACAGUCUGAUUCACCCCCUCAUAAAAAAUACCGGAAGGAUGAAGGCGACUUACCAGGGUGUCUUGAGGAAAGUGAAAACUCACCAUGCUUGUUAGCACAUUCAGAGAGUGAUGAUUCCCUGUAUGAUGAUAAAUCACAAGCGCACACAAUGGUUGAUACUAUUCCAAGUGAAGUGGAAACAAAGUCAUUACAAAACUCUAGCUGGUGCGAGACUUUCCCUUCACUUUCAGAAGAUAGUGAUGAAAAAGAGAACAAGAAUAAGAUUGAUAUCUCAGCAGUUAUGUCUGUGCAUUCUGCAGUGAAAGAGGAAAGUGCACGUGUUAAAGAUGAAAAGUUUGCUCCACCUGUGUCAUCAGAUAUCCUCAUUAUGCCCAAAGCUUUGAAAGAAGAGGGCCAGGAUACCUGCCCAGAGACCCUGGCUGUUCCCUCUGAAUGCUCUGCUUUCUCAGAGAAUAUUGAGGAUCCUGGAGAGGGUCCCUCAAAUCCAUGCUUAGAUACCAGCCAGAAUCAAACUUCCGUGGAAUCAGAGAUGAGGACUGCAGCAUGCCCUGGGAGUUGUUCCAGGGAAUGUGAGGUUUCAUUUAGUGCCUCUAACCCUGUCUGGGAUUAUUCACGUCUUAUGAGUAGUGAAAGAAAUUUUCAGAGACUGGAUUUUGAAGAACUUGAGGAAGAAGGUCAAGCCUCUGACAAGUCAUUGCUUCCAAGUCGCAUUAAUCUUUCUCUAUUAGAUGAUGAUGAGGAAGAUGAAGAACUUCCACGCUUCAUUUUACAUUAUGAGACACGUCCAUUUGAAACAGGAAUGAUAGUCUGGUUUAAAUAUCAGAAAUAUCCAUUUUGGCCAGCAGUGAUAAAAAGUAUCAGACGAAAAGAGAGGAAAGCAAGUGUGCUUUUUGUUGAGGCAAACAUGAAUUCUGAAAAGAAGGGCAUUAGAGUAAAUUUUAGAAGAUUAAAGAAAUUUGAUUGUAAAGAGAAACAAAUGCUAGUGGACAAAGCCAGGGAGGAUUAUAGUGAGAGUAUUGACUGGUGCAUCUCAUUAAUUUGUGACUACAGAGUUAGAAUAGGUUGUGGUUCUUUCACAGGCUCUUUGCUUGAGUAUUAUGCUGCUGAUAUUAGUUACCCAGUUAGGAAAGAAAUAAAACAGGAUACUUUCAGGAACAAAUUUCCAAAGCUGCAUAAUGAAGAUGCCAGGGAACCGAUGGCUGUGACUUCCCAGACCAAGAAAAUGUCCUUCCAAAAAAUUCUCCCUGACCGGAUGAAGGCUGCUCGGGACCGAGCCAACAAGAACCUGGUGGACUUCAUUGUGAAUGCAAAGGGAACAGAGAACCAUCUUCUGGCCAUUGUAAAUGGCACAAAAGGAUCCAGAUGGCUGAAAUCAUUUUUGAAUGCAAAUAGGUUCACACCCUGUAUUGAAACAUACUUUGAGGAUGAAGAUCAGUUGGAUGAAGUGGUGAAAUAUUUACAAGAAGUCUACAAUCAAAUAGAUCAAAUAAUGCCAACUUGGAUAAAAGAAGAUAAAAUUAAAUUUAUCCUAGAAGUUCUUCUGCCAGAAGCAAUUAUUUGUUCAAUUUCUGCUGUUGAUGGGUUAGAUUACGAGGCAGCUGAAGCAAAGUAUCUAAAAGGACCAUGUCUAGGCUACAGGGAAAGAGAAUUAUUUGAUGCAAAAAUAAUAUAUGAAAAGAGACGAAAACCACCAACAAAUGAAGCUCACUAAAUGUGCUGAAAGUUGAAACCAUGACAGGGAGCUCUUAUAGAUACUAGUUGAAAAAAAUCUCUGAACAAUUCUCUCUAAUACAUAUUUUCUGCAAAUGGGAGCAUGGAUAAUGUGUUCACUUUUUUUUGAGAUCUCUAGGAUCUGUGGUUAUAAUUACAUCUUUAUUUCCUUUGCUUGCGCUUCUUCAAAGUUAAUUUUGUCAACAUAUUUCAGCAGUUCUGCUUUCCCAUACAUUUUUAGAAAGCAUAAUUCCUAAAUGAUUUUGAAGGGAAAGUACUAUUUUGUUUUAUGACACUUUUGAGUCUAUGCUGUAUUGUUAAAUAUAUUGUGCACAAUUAUUUUAAUGUUAAAAUUGCACUGGUGUUAGAUAUUAACGAAGAUGAUUGGAAAAAAGUCUAAAAGAUACAUCAUUUCUAUAUUCCUUGCUUAAUUUUUAUAAAAUAUUGGGUUUUCCCUUAAGAUAGUUGAAAUAUUUUUCUUGCCAUGCCUAUUUAUUUUUGCAAAAAAAAAUCUGCUAUAUAGAACCAAAGAUAGAUUUGCUUUGCUAUAUAUUAUAACUAUACUUGCCUUUGCAAUAAAACAACUUGUAAUUCAAAAAUGAAGAUUAUCUGCAUGUAGUAUUUAUGUGUGUGAAUAACAUCUUGGCAUGCAGAAAAUAAUACUGGCUGCUUUGAACAGGAUUGUUCAUUCUACACUUCCCUGAAAUUCCAUUUUUGGGAGUGUCUAUCCUUCAAUGGCUGAAUAGUUCCUUAAAUCAGACAAGCUCCUGGCUAUCUUCAUAACCAACAGUGAGUGGAUCUUAAUAUAGCUGUCUGACCACAUGUGGAAGGCAGCUAGACUUAUUGUAUUUACAGCCUGGCCACUCUAGACAUAUGAAUCCAGGCUGACUGCUUAAGUGCCCAUCUCGUUUGAUAUAAACUGUAGAAAAGGCAAGCACUUUGUUCUGAGUCUUUUAUCUCCAAAUACAUAGUUGUCUCAAACCAAGCAAGCUUUAUCAAAAUGGCUUAUUUGUAGAAUAGUUCCAAUGAUAUAAAUGCCAACUGGCAAGUCAUUCCAAACUUCUUGAAGGAGUAGAUGAACCAGAAUCUGAGAAUUUGGAAAUAGGUCACAGAAAAAGCCUCCAUCUGGCUAAAUAUGACAAUUAUCUGAGUAUGGUUAAAUAUAUACAAUAAAAAGUCUGAAGCCAAUGAGUUGUUUAUUCUAACUUGAAAUAUAUUUUUAUGAGAAUAAAUGUUAGAAAAGUUAGUUUAUUUUAAAAAUCUGCCAUGAAAGGAAAUUCUAAGGGCUUAACAUGAAACUGUCUGCAUUUCUACCUGUUAGACAAUGGUCACUCUUGGGCUCUUGUUAUACAGUCACAUGGCUACACGUUUAUGUAAAGUUUGCAAAAGUUUGGUGUUUUGGUUUAUAAUAAAACUGUUGUAUUAUUCA